AUGACACCAACGCUAUUUGAUAUAUAUGAGAUAUUAGGCUUAGCUGUAGAUGGCGAGCCAAUUACAUGUCGUCCUAUCAAUGACCUGCAACAGUAUAUAGAAGACAAUUUGGGUAUGGUCGCUGAUGGCAACCUAAAAAGCUUGAGGCAUACAUGGUUGAAGGCGAAUUUUAGGAAAUUGACACCGGAUGCAACCUCUAUUCCAGUUUAUAGAUAUACUAGAGCAUAUAUGCUCUUCCUCAUCAGUCUCACCAUAUUCGUUGAUGCAUUAGUUUCAACAGUGCCAACAAGGUACUUGCAGUUUUUUGAAGAUAUUGAGGGAGCCAGCAAAUAUGCUUGGGGUGUUACAACCGUUGCAUUCCUCUAUCAGUCACUGGGAAGAGCUUGUACCUUCAAGCUAAGACAUUUUAGUGGUUCAACCACUCUCAUGCAUAUGAGGCCCAUACCGCAUAACAUCUCUCCCAAUUUGCUUAAGGCCAAAAGAUGGGAGCCCCCGAAGAAAUAUUAUGGCAAUCCACAUAACCUAAUGCCCCUCCCAUUAGACAAGAAUUUGCCUGAUGAGGUCAUUUCAGAUGACAGGCAGAAGACAUUUGAAACUACAAUGUGCCUAACGACACUUAUAUUUUACGAUAUUGUCGAGCCGUACAUGCCAGAUCGAGUACGCUGGCAAUUUGGCGCUAAACAGAGUAUUCCUAAAAAUCCCUUGGUUGGUGGUAAGAGGGCUAGCAGACAAGGUGGACACCAAGAUUGGCGAAAUGUGAAUGCAAAUAAAAUCCACCAAUGGUUGUCUCUCCAUGAACGCAUGAGGCCUGAUAUUCAAGUAGUUACUGACAAUGGGUUGCCCUCCGAUGAGUACAAGGCUUGGUACAACUUAGUGUCUCAUCCUCUAGUUAGUGUAGUUCAGGCAUCUACAGUCAUGUUAGUGGAGGCACUUACACUUAGACAUAAGUGGUAUUCGAAAGAUUAUAAUCGCGUUAACAACGUGUUUGAAACAUUGUCUAAGUUGGUGCUUGUUGAUAUGGAUGACAUAAAAGCCAGCAUGACAAGUUUACAGCGUGAAUAUCAAAACGAUGGUGUACCUGACGAGGCCGGACAUGAUGAAGUGGGUGAAAGUAGUCGGGCUGUAGAAGACCUAGCUCCGUCCACACAACUAGCAGUUGAGGAGCCCAGAAAAUAUAAUACAAGAAAGAAACAGUAUCAGCCUAAGAGAAGGCGACCAAUGUAA